AUGUCCAAAGCAGGCACUCAAUAUCAACCAAUGUUUGAGUUGAAUGAUGAACCUUUGUCUACAACCCGGAAGGUUCACAUUCGUAGGUUAAAUGAUAUAUUGCAUUUAUCCCUUGAACGAGGCGACCUGUCUCGAGCUCGUCGUGCCUGGGCAAUUUUGGCUAGGUGUAAAGAAUUUGACUGGAGGACAAAAUGGCGAACUGGACUACAAGUGCUGCCUAGUUCUCUUUCUUCAAAUCAGUCUCAACAACAAGACAUGAGGAGCAUUGAUUUGUUGAAGAAGUUAAUGCGAUUCAAUUCGGAUGAGCAAGAGUCUAUUCUUCAAGAAAUUAUACUCCAUCUAGCGGAUGGUGGCAAAUUUAGAGAAGCGCUAGAUGAACUCGAUCUGCACGUUAUUUCAUCGGCAUUUGGUUUCACAUUAUUCUAA